AUGGCCAAGUCGAAGCUGCCUCGCUCCACGCCAGCAGCGCGCGGCGCAGCCGUGCCUCCACCCAAGCUGGCCGCCACUGCGCAGCAAACGCAGCCACUUCAAUCUACACCACCACCUACCAUGCCGCAAAGCAAAGCCCCCGUGGCUGGCGCAUCCACGCCACCUCGAUCUGCUUCGCCCGUCUCGAAUCACGACGGAGACAGUGCCGCGCUCUCUUCCGCCAAAAAGAAGAAGAAAAAGUCCAAGUCCAAAGCCAGGGAUGCCGACUUUAUCGACGACCACGAGUACGACCUGCAAUCUGCUGCUGCCCUGGGUCAGCGACCACGUUCGCCUGCAUCGCUGGCGGCGAGGGCACGGGCCCAGGCCCAGCUCUUGGCGGCCGCAAGCGAGUUGUACCGAAGGAUCGAAGGCGAUGCGCAAGGUAUACCGGACGACGAUGCCUAUUGGACAUCGCUGCCAGCCCAUCUGCGCACCUUCAUCCGUAAUGCCCUUCCUCUUGGUCAAUUCCCUCCAGCAGCGCAGGCGGCGCUUAACGAGAACGCUCAGGAUCCAGCCAAUCGACACGCCUCGACGCAGGCCAUGAUCGCCGUCGCUCAGCAGCUGGCACAGGCAGCGCACGCAUCUCAACGCCACCUCCAGCAGUUUCCACCGGGCACUCACCCUUAUCCACCACUCCCUUUCGACGCCUCCAUCUUUGCCGACUUGGCUCUGCAACCCGACCAGGCAUUGCCUCUCCACCCUCAUCCUAACGCUGUCAACAACGUGCAUGCUGCCAACGCCAACGGUGCGUACGCUCAGUACUCGUCCAGUCCCAACCCGCCUCCGACGCAGCCUCCAGUCGAGCCUCUGCCGCCUCCCGUUGUGCUCUACGACAACUUUGACGACGAAAUCGACCGAUUCGACGACGACGGAGUGGACGAUGCGCAGUACUACGACGACGGUGAACUCGACGAGGACGACGAUGUGCUGGACGCGCAGGGUGGCCUUCUUCGUGCUCGCGAGCGCGUCUGGAUGCAGGAUGGCACCGACCACGUACACGGCCCCAACGGCAUGGCCGCGCACCCAGAUGCACUGCGAUCGGCGAGCAAGAACAAGAAGAAAAAGAAGAAGAAGAAAGGCGGAGCAGGGGCGGGUGCCGGGCACGGCGACGACGAGGCACACGAGAUCGAGGUCGAGGUGCCACCUCCUCCGAAGCCGGUACCCAGCCACCCUCCUCCUUCCACGAAUGUCUCUUCCGUGGCUCGCAACUCCAACCCGCCGCCUCCUAGCUCGAGGGCGGCUGGCAAGCAGCCCAUGACCUUUAACUCGACUGGAAAGACGCCAGCUAGGCCAGCAAAUGGUGUUCCGCCUUCUUCCAACUCGGGCAAGCGCUCUGUUUCGUCUUCGACGCACGGUCAGCAACCCGUGGCCAAUCCUGCGGCCAACAGCGCCAAGAUCUGGUCCACCAGCUCGGCGGAGGAGCGGGAACGGAUCAAGGAGUUCUGGCUCGGUCUUUCGAUGAAGGACAGGCAGAAGCUCGUUCAAGUCGAAAAGGAGACCGUCCUCAGAAAGAUGAAGGAGCAGCAAAAGUUCCUGUGCAGCUGUGCCGUUUGCGGUCGGAAGCGCUCCGCCAUCGAAGAGGAGCUUGAGGUCCUCUACGACGCCUACUACGACGAGCUAGAAGAGUAUGCCAACCAUCAACAGCGAUGGGCCAGCAGCGGCGGGACCAUUCCUCCCCCGCCAGGUCCAGGACCGUUCCCAGGCAGUGUCGCGCUCGACGCCUCUGGCGCUGUGAUCGGCGGCGACCCCUUGUCUCGCAACCGAGCAGCCCACGGCGGUCGCGAUGUCAGGCACCCUCAGCACCCUCCUCCGCCGCACGGACGCAAGGCACCGCUGCAACCCGAGUCAUCCGAUGGCUACGAUGACGACGAUCUCGACGAUGAUGGCGAAUACGAUGACGAGGAUGACGAUGCCGAAUACGAAGACGAAGAGGAGGACGACGACAUUGAGCUCGAAAAGGAGCGAGCUCGCGACGACUACGACAAGCGCAACCCUGUUCCUUCUUCGCGUCGCCGCGGCACCAACGAUUCCAACGACCUCUUCGGCCUGGGUAGCAGUCUGACCGUCAAGGGCGGCAUCCUUACCGUCGCCGACGACAUGCUCAAGAACGACGGCCGCAAAUUCCUCGAAAUGAUGGAACAGCUUGCAGAGCGAAGGAUGCACCGCGAGGAGCUCACCAACGCCGAGCUCGCUGCCAGCGAAGACGAGGAAGACGUCGACGGCGCCGAUGAUCCUGAGGACGACGACGACGCGGACGAAGAGGAGGAUGACGAGGAAGACGACAUCCUCACCGAAGAGCAGCGCAUGGAGGAAGGCCGCAAGAUGUUCCAGAUCUUUGCCGCGCGAAUGUUUGAGCAGCGCGUGCUUGCCGCCUACCGAGAGCGCGUCGCUCAGGAACGUCAGCUACAGUUGCUCCGCGAGCUCGAAGAGGAAGACGACAACGAAAAGGCCCGCGAGGCUCGUCGCGUCAAGGAGUCGCAGAAGAAGAAGGACAAGAAGAAGGCACAGCGAGAAGCCAAGGAGGCAGCCCAGAUGCGAAAGGAUCAGGAGAAAGCUGCCGCGGACGCCGAAUUGCGUGCACAGCAGCAGGCUCAACGCGAUGCCGAGCUCAAGAAGCAGGAGGAGAUCCGUCUCAAGAGGGAAGCUGAGCGCAAGGCCAAAGAGGACGAGAAGGCCAAGAAGGAGGAGGAGCGUCGCCGACGUCAAGCCGAAGAGCGUGACCGUCAGCUUGAAGUGGAACGCAAGCGCCGCGAGAAGGAGGACAAGGCCCGACUCGAACGCGAGGCUCAGGAGAAGGCGAAGCGCGACCGUGAAGAGGCGCAACGCAAGGCGAAAGAAGAGCAGCAACGUGUUCAGCGCGAGAAGGCCGAGAAGGAGCUCAAGGCUAAGGAGGAGCAGGAACGCAAGGUCGAGGCUGCCAAGAAGGAGAAGGAGGCUCGUGCCCAGGCUCAACGCGAGUCCAAGCAGGCGGCAGCAGCUGCUGCUGCCGCUUCGCAGGCUCGCGGGUCGUCUGGUGCUCCUGCUGCUGUUCCCAGCUCGCCCUCGACCGGGUCCAGGUCCAGCCUCAACAAGUCUGCUCCGGGCACGCCUGCUCGUGGUGCCAAGACCGGCUCGAUCCCUGGGUCCCCCGCCGUUGCAUCGGAACAGGUUCAGGCUCGUGGCUCCCAGAGGGCCACCAUCGGCUCGAAGGCUGCUCCAGGCCUGGCCGGCGCAUCCUCCGGCGUUGCUGCUGCUGCAUCGUCUGUCGCGGGUUCGUCGCUGCCAGCUCCUCCCCAAGGCUUGCCUCCUCGCCCGACCACUGCCGUCUUGACGCCUUCUGGUGCCUCUUCGCAGAGCUCUUCAGCGUCAGUCGCUGCCAAUGCUGGCCUGCCCAGGCCUCCUGUCAAUGUUGUCGGCGGUGGCUCCGCUUCGACCGUUCAGCCUUCUCUCGGAUUCGGCUCGAUCGCACCGACUCCAGCAGCCAAUGUGCCGAUCGCCACCUCGAAGGCACCCGGUUCCAGCAUCUCGCCCAAGCCUUCUCAACCGUUUUCGCAGGCACAAGACAAGCAGUCCAUUCCGGCAGGUUUCAAUUCGGUUCCGCCUUCCUACGGCCAACAGCCCGGUCUCGAGGGUCUUCGAUCGCCCCCUCUUCCCAACGGAAUGCCGGCUGGCGGUGUCUUCAGCAGCAACGGCGCUUUGACCUCUAGCCUGCAGUCGCCCAGUCUUGGCGGUCCUCCCGGCAUCGGUGGCAUGACGAACAACCUGGCUUCGCUCACUCUGAACGCACCUCCAGGAAUGAACUCGAUCGGUGGCAGCAAGGUGCCUACUAUGCCUGGCAUGGAAACCAACGCUUCAGUUCUGCACGGUCUCGCCCACAGCGGCUUGGGCGGCAACGUGCAAAGUCCGACACAGACGCCCUUCUCUCCUAUGAGUGCAGGAGGCAACGCUGUCGAUCCCAUGCGCAGCCGUACCGCCUCUUUCGCGGAUUCCGAUCCCAUGUCGUUUGCCGGCAUCCGACCCGGCUCGUCGCUCUCGCAGCGCAUGCCCGCCUACCGAAGCGCUGCCCCGGCUCCGAUUGGCCCCAUAGGCCGACCCAAGGCCAUGGACACGAUUCAGCAGCACGUGCACGAGGACCACACGGGCGCCAUCGGCAACGGCCGACAUGCCAACAGUGCGGGCGGAUCGAGCGCCACAAGCCCUCGACUGCCUGAAGGCAUCCUUGGCAGUUCCGCUCUGGGAGGUGACGACGACAUUAUCGACCCCAAGCCUCGCAGGGUGAGCCACACCAUUCCCAUCGGCGGUGGCGCCACUGGAAGCAGCAUCGGUGGUGGGGCUGGAUCGUUCUUUGGCGGCGGUGGAAUGAGCGGUGCCGGCGCUGUUGGUGGAGGCUUUGGUGUGAGCGCUUCUUCACCUUGGAGCUCGUUCUCGGGUGCAGGUCAGAACGCGCCUGGACCUUUGUCGCCCGGAUUCAGUGGUGGAUCUGCUGCACCUGGCUCAAUCGGGUCGAGUCUCGCGUCGGCCAACUUUGGUCUGAACCAGACCACCGGUACUCCCAGUCUCGGUGCUGGUUCUUCGGGCAUGUCCAACGGCGCACCGUCGGAUCCGUGGGCUCGCAUCGAUACGAACUCGUGGAACCGCGCUCGCUACGCGUUCGAACAGCCCGGCGGCGCCGCCUCGGCUGGCCUAGGCGCACCUGCACAGGCACACGCUUUCCACCAGAACCACCUGCACGGCGCAGGCAACGGCAACCUAAACCCGUUCAAUCUGGGUGCUCCGGGCAGUGGAUCGAGGAACCUCUUCGGCGCUCCGGGAAGCAACUCGCUCCAUCCGGGAGCGAUCGGAAGUGCCUUGUCCUCCACCUCGCCGGGCAGUCGACAUGUCAGUGGUGGUCAUGAGUAG